AUGGCAGGGCACGAUGACGAGGACAGCGUGCAACUGCUGCCGAUCGAGCGUGAGCACGGCCAGGAGCAAGGGCGAAAAUCAGCCGAAUCCACGUCCUCGGCUUCGACUACGAGUUUGAUAUUCGAGCGCAUCAAUGAGCGCGCAGAGGCAGAAGGUCGGAAGUCGGAAAACGGCAACAGCAAGAUGGUCACUCCCAAGUUUCCCCCGCGAGGGGAAUCGCUGCGGUACGCCGACGAUGGGCAAACACACGGCUCCUACGAUGACGAGGAAAAGGACGACAAUGAACUCGAAAGCGGGCCCUUCCUCAGCAAUCGCUCUAGUAAGACCGUGGACAAGAAGUUACGGCGGCUAAUAUGGAUUAUUGGAGGUGUUUUCAUGGGCGCAUGGCUCCUUGCGUUGGCCGUGUUCCUUGGACGUCAAGCAUAUCGACCAUCAUCCGCCAUAGCCCACGAUCCUACUGCGACCAAAACCAUCGGCUCGGGGAAGAAGAUUACAUUAGACCAGGUACAAACGGGACAAUGGCGGGCAACCAAGCAUGACAUAAGCUGGAUUGAAGGUGCAAACGGCGAAGAUGGACUGCUUCUCAAGCAAGGCCAACAGGGGAACGCAUAUCUUGUGGUCGAAGAUGUUAGAGGGAAGAAGGACAGCAGCGGACAACCAGGGGCCAUUCCUGCGAAAACUCUGAUGAAGGAUGGAGGUUUCCAAUGGGGAGGAUCGAAUUAUACCCCGAGCCGAGUAUAUCCAAGCAGGGAUCUAAAGAAGGUCCUCAUCGCUACAGAUUUCCAAUCGAAUUGGAGGCAUUCUUUCCACGCGAAAUACUUUAUACUCGAUGUCGAGACGCAAUCGGUCGAUGCACUUGACCCCUCUGUUCCUGAUGGGAGAGUUCAGCUGGCCAGCUGGAGCCCCCAGAGCGAUGCAGUUGUUUUCACGAGAGAUAACAACCUCUUCUUGCGCAAGUUAUCAUCCGAGAAUGUGACGCAGAUCACAACAGACGGCGGCCCCGACCUCUUCUAUGGAGUGCCGGACUGGGUAUACGAAGAGGAAGUAUUCGCUGGUAAUAGCGCCACUUGGUGGGCCGACGAUGGCAAGUACGUUGCUUUCCUGCGCACCAAUGAAUCACAGGUACCGGUAUAUCCCCUUCAGUACUUUGUAUCAAGGCCCAGUGGAAAGGCUCCGGAACCCGGCCUUGAGCAUUAUCCUGAGGUCAGAGAGAUAAAGUACCCCAAGCCCGGAGCGCCCAACCCAACUGUUGACCUGCAAUUCUACGAUGUAGGUAGAGGGGACGUCUUUGAGGUGAAGGUAGCGGAUACCUUUCCUCCUGACGAUCUGCUGAUUACCGAAGUUGUCUGGGCUGGUGCAUCAGGCAAAGCCCUCAUCCGUGAGACCAACAGAGAGAGUGACAUACUGCGGGUCGUUCUAGUUGAUGUUGAAUUACGAACUGGGAAGACCGUGCGAACUCAAGAUGUUCAAAAACUGGAUGGUGGCUGGUUCGAGGUAUCUGAGCAUACCAAAUACGUUCCGGCAGACCCCGCAAAAGGGCGCCCCCACGAUGGAUACAUCGACACGGUUAUCCACGAAAAUUAUAACCAUAUUGGCUACUUCACACCCUUAGAUAACCCGAAUCCAGUCAUGCUCACCUCUGGAAACUGGGAAGUUGUGGAUGCGCCAUCUGCUGUGGAUCUGAAGAACAACCUAGUAUAUUUUAUUGCAGCAAAACCCACUCCGAUCCAACGACAAAUAUAUAGUGUGAAGUUAGAUGGGACUGGGGUACAGGCUCUUACGGAUGACAAUAAGGAGGGCUAUUAUGGGAUCAAAUUCUCUAGUGGUGCAGGAUAUGCGUUGCUAAGUUACAACGGCCCAAACAUCCCGUGGCAAAAGGUCAUCAACACCCGCAGCAAUUCUGAUCACUAUGAGGAUAUUAUCGAAGAGAAUCCACGGCUAUACGAUAUGGCAAAGAAGCACGAACUUCCAAUCGACAUCUUCUCGACGGUGAAUAUUGACGGGUUCGAUCUACAAGUGGUUGAACGUCGGCCACCUCAUUUCGACGAAAAGAAGAAAUACCCCGUUUUGUUCCAUCUUUACGGCGGACCCGGAUCUCAAACUGUCCAAAAGACUUUCAAGGUCGACUUUCAAGCAUAUAUUGCCGCAAACUUGGGUUAUAUCGUAGUGACGGUAGAUAAUCGUGGUACGGGUUACAUCGGAAGAAAGGCUCGUACAAUCAUCAGAGGCAAUAUUGGAUACUAUGAAUCCUAUGACCAGAUCGAAACUGCCAAAAUGUGGGCAAAGAAGAAGUAUGUCGAUGCUUCGAGAAUGGCCAUUUGGGGUUGGUCAUAUGGGGGGUUUCUAGCACUGAAAACGCUUGAGCAGGAUGCCGGGCGGACAUUUUCAUAUGGCAUGGCUGUCGCCCCUGUGACAGACUGGCGGUACUACGACUCGAUUUACACUGAGCGAUAUAUGCAUACACCACAACACAACCCUGGCGGGUACGACAACGCGAGUAUAAGCAACGUGUCAGCGCUACAUCAGAACGUUAGAUUCUUAGUGAUGCAUGGCGUUGCAGAUGACAAUGUACACGUACAAAACUCUCUGACACUGCUUGACAAAUUAGACGUGGCGGGUGUGGAAAACUAUGACGUUCAUUUUUUCCCAGACAGCGAUCAUGGCAUUUUUUUCCACAAUGCUAAUAGAAUUGUCUAUGAUAAAUUAAGUAAUUGGCUUAUCAAUGCAUUUAACGGCGAAUGGCUUCGUACAUCCAACCCGGUUCCUUUGAAGAUCGAUGCGCCUCUUGAGAGAGAGUGA